AUGCGCUAUCAUUGUACAGAGUUUAAUACACAUUCCCGGUAUCAAAGAAAAAAGCUAUUCGACAGCACAAAGGCUGCUGAAGAAGCAAGCCUUAAUAAACCUUACAAUAAUGAGGACAUAUUCACGUUGAGGAUAGAAGAAAAACUGAACCAGUUCCGAAUAGAAAUGCGCGAUCUUGACAAGGCGGCCACUCGCUGGGCGCUGCGU